AUGCCGUUGUCGAAUACUUCAAUAGCGGUGUUGAGGCAGCAAAUGAAUGAUAGUAAUCACGAGUUGGUUAAUAUGUUAACUAAUCAAAUGGGUACAGUGUUUAAUCCUGUGAUACAAGAAUCUGCUGAAACAAAUAGGCAGGUGGCUAAUCAAUUGACACACUUGUGUAACUUCCUGGGGGCACCGGCUCGACAGAUGGCACAUGUGGUUAGGCAAACCAUUUCUGUUCAAGUAGAGAUAGGGGCAGCAGAAGAUGAGACAGUCCAUGAGGGACAAAUCCUUAGACCCCAACAAAAUCAAGGCGUUGAGUCAGGAGUAGCAGGACGUAACCAGAUGGUGAAUGGUAUGAGUGCCACAUUGCAAAGGCCACUAUAUGCUUCCCCAUUGGCUGAAUUUGUUCUCCAAACCGAGGCACAUAGAGGAAUGAAGGUUCCUAAAUACACUAAGUUUGGGGGAGAAUCUGGUGAGUCGAUAAUAGAACAUAUUGCCAGAUAUGAUGCCUUCACAUGGUUCACUUCUUUGGCCCCAAAUUCGAUUGAUUCAUGGGCCAAGUUAGAAAAGAAGUUCCAUGAACAGUUUUAUGAAGGGCACUCCAAAAUCAGUUUGGCAGAAUUGUCUAGCAUUAAGAGAAGGUUUGCUGAGAGUAUUGAUGAUUAUCUGAAUAGAUUUAGAUCAUUAAAGGCCAGGUGCUUUACGCAAGUACCGGAACAUGAACUUGUUCAAAUGGCUGCUGGGGGUUAG